AUGGCGCUGGCGGCCUUCAUCAAUAGCCCCACGGGGCCGAUGACGACGCACUUCUGGGGGCCCAUCGCCAACUGGGGAUUGGCGGCCUCCGGCAUGUAUGAUGCAGCUUUGAAAGGUCCGGAGAUCAUCAACGAGCGCAUGUCCGCAACGCAGAUCCUCUACAGCGGGCUCUUCGUUCGCUUUGCGUGGGCGGUGCAACCCCGGAACUACAUCCUGGCAUCUUGUCAUACGGCCAACGUCCUGGCACAGGGCAAUCAGCUGCGACGGUGGGCUGAGUACAAGAUUCAGACAGAGCCCGAGACAGGCCCAAGCACGGUGCGCAACGCGAGCCUCCUGGCGGCGGGGGCAGCCGCAGGCAUAGCUGCCAUGCUCGUCGCUAGCACGCCUGUCCAAAACAGCCUCAAGGGGUGCCUUGGCCCCUCCGCAGUCUUAGUUGGCAGCUCUUGCAGCGGCCAGCGAUGUUUUUCUUGUUUUGGAAAGCAGUGGGGACUCCAUACAGCUAAAAACUCAAACUCACGCGUGUGA